AAUAAAGUAAAGGUCCAUCAACAACAGCAAAACAUUUUUUGAAGAGUGAUGUGUCUUUGUACAUCAAGUGCUGGCUGGUAGCCCUCUGGGUGACCUCAGGAGGGACCCUGAGGAGCAGAUGAAAGUGCAGUGGACCCCCACUGACCAAUGCUCUGAUCCAUCAUGCUGACAGGAGAAGCCUACACUAAAACCCAAGGAACAGCCCGGCAUGGUGGCCCACCCCUGUGAUCCCAGUGACUCAGAGGCUGAGGCAGAAGGACGGCAGGCUCAAGCCAGCUUCAGCAAGUUAGCAAGGCCCUAGAAACUUAGGUCCCCUCUCCCUGAAAACAAAGGGUCUGGGGAUGUGGCUCAGUGGUUAAGUGCCCCUGGGUUCAAUCCCUGGUAACCAACCAACCUUCCAGAUGAACACUUGGAGGUUCCUGAGGACAGUGCCCAGGCAGAGCCUGGAAGAUCUAGGGCCCUUCUCCACCCUCUUCCCCGGUGUCUCUUCAUCUGCGUUGCUUAGAGUACACUUUAUGAUAAACCGGCGAAUGUGAUUCCCUGCAUUCUGUGAUCCACUGGCACAGAUUACCUGAACCAAGGAGGGGGUUGUGGGAACCCUGAAUUUUUGCCGGUGGUCAGAAGCACAGGUAAGACCCUGGAGCUGGUGGCUGACAUCCAAAAUAGGGCCGAAUCCUGAAUCCAGGCCUGGAGUCGGAUGAGAUCUCCAGGCAAACAGUGUCAUCUGAGUUUGAGGCCACCAGCUGCUCCAUCGUUGAAUAAGAGAGCAGGACACACCGAUUUUUUGCUGUUGUUGUAUCAUCAGACCCUGGCCGGGUGCCAGCUGCCACACACACAGGCCAGGGAAGGCUUCCUCAUAGCAUGGGGCCAGGUCUCGACAGCAAAUGUCCCAAGGCAGCAAGGUGGGUGUGUACAGCACUUUUAAAAUUAAGCCUUAGGGGCUGGGGUUGUGGCUCAGUGGUAGAGUGCUGGCCCAGCAUGUGUGAGGCACUGGGUUUGAUUCUCAGGACUCUCUAUAAACAAAUAAAAUAAGGAACUAAACAUCAACAACUAAAAAAAAUAUAUUAGAAAACCCCCUCAGCCUGAGAAGUCAUGUCUUGCCAGGCCCCUGUCCUCACCGGGACACAUCACAAGGUUAUGGAGCAGGAGGUCAGUGCCCCUUUUGGAAAACCCAGUCUGCCACACAAGGGCAUCAGCACCAUGACCCUGUGCAGCCCAGGACCCUCCCUUCCUACUCACAGUGGAGGCCCAACGCCCCCAGGAAGAUCCUUUAGAGGUCAAGUUCAUAUUCAAGAGGCAAUGAAGGGACAGUAGAGGGACAAGGGAAGAGUCUCAGAGAGAUGCAGCUGGACAGCAGGCCCAGCCUGUGACAAAGCUGGUGCUCAUGCACUCUCGCUAGCGACUGUCUGCACAGGCCCCCUCAGUCCUCGGGGGGCUUUCUUCAGCAGGAGGGGGCACUCAGGCAGAGCAGAGGUGAGAACAGGCAGUGUCCUCUCCGUUCAGCUGGGUGGCCAGACCUGGGGAAGGAACAGGGCUGCGGCUGGUGAGAAUCUAGUGCUCACUGCGUGCUGAGCACCCUCCGUGUAUUUUGGGGAUAAGAUCUCAUUUGUCUUUCCCAAGGACUCUAGGGUAAAAAGAGAAACCAAAGGUUCAAAGGGCAGGAACCUUGUGGGGAGAGGUAGGGAACACCGAGACCAGGGAGAACCUUGCUCUCAGGCUUCCGCUUCACUCUGGGUCCCUGGUGUGCCUGAUUUCUCUCUUCCCCAGGUGAGGCCCAGAACGCAGGGACAGGCCCAGGCCCUCAGAGGAGAUUCCCUGCAGGAGAAGGGGAUGCUGUGGACACUGGGGGUACCUUCCAGAUUGACAGCCAAGCAGAGGGUGCACCCCAUGUAGACUUCAGGGGUUACGGGCAGACUCUCCCCCACCCCACCUCAGUGCCCCUUGAGAACAGGAGGACUAUCUGCUCCGUGCUGGGGUUCCAGAGGGUUUCCCCAAGGUGAAGCCAGGGGCUGUGCUUCCUCUGGACUAGGGCCAGACCAGGGUUGACCUCGGGGGGCAGCUUCAGAUGGGCCCCCAGGACUGGCUCUCCAGACCUCCCCCUGGGCCAGAAGCCCCCAGGACCCUGCUGGCCCUGGCUAUAUUUCCAGUCUUCUCUUGGCCCCCGUGGCCCUUAGGAUUCUGGGGAUAUCAAUCCCUCCACCUGGACCUUGCAGAGCUUCCUUCCCAUGAAGGAUCCAUCCUGUAGGCUUCAGGACCACCCAGAGGAGACAGAGGCUUCUCCACCACAGCCUACCCCUCCUUUCUGUCUCUCCAAAAGUGGGUUGGCUUUUUGUUGGUGUGUGGUAGGCCUCCUCCACUGGACUGGGAGCACCAGGAGGGUCUCCAGCCCUCGGGGCUCCAGGAUCUCAGGAACCCUCCACCAUGGAUGCAGGACGUCCGUCAGGCCAUGUAUGCCGGGGACCCUGAGUGCUCAACAGAAAAGCAGGGCCCAGGGUGUGAUUCAAAAUGAGAACAACAGCAAGCCACAGACAGAAACUUUUUAACAAUUGCCCUCAGAAGAAAGGCACAUCACCAUUACAUCCUUCUACCUGGCUUGGGUCAUCACCCUGUGACACUGCCAGUCUGCCCACAUCAGAUUGCCCUCUGGUGUCACCCAAUGCCACCAACUGCCUGCCGAGCUCAGCCAGUCACCUCUUUCCAGCCCAGUGGCUGGCGUUGGUUCUUUCGUCCCAGCAAAGCUGGGUUCACGUCCCUAGAGGCCCAGGCCUGCACGACAUGCUGCACACGUGCAGCCUGAACGAAUUUGGAGACUGAGGAGUUGCGGAGCUCGGGCUCCCCACUCCUAGAGGGGCUUGUGAAAUUUCCUUUCAGACUUACUGCACCGCCGCGACGGACCGCAUCCCCCGUGCCCUCCGGCUUCCACGCGGCGGGUAGGUGAGCCUACAGCCCGAGCACCCCUCCUGGCUCGCGCCGGGAACCGGCCAGAGCGCGGCGUCGCGGUCCCACUGUCGGGGCUGGCGGAGCAGGCGCCGCAGCGGGUGAGUGACAGCUGGGGAGGCGGGGUCGCACGCCCGCGGAGCUGAGCUGGAGAGGCGCUUUGCCCAUUGGCCAACGCUAGUGUGGGAAAGGACGCCCGGCCGGGUUCGCAGGCCCCGCGGCGGUGCGGCCUUAUAGAGCCGGCCACGGUCCCGGUUCGCGGGCUUUUGGCCGGAACCCGCCAGGGGGCGCAAACGUUCUGCCCGGCACCAGAGCGCGGCUGCAGGAUGCCGGCAGACACCCCCGAGAAGCCGAGCGCCUCGCCGCUGGCCGGAGCGCAGGCCAGCGCCAGCCCGACCCCAGAUAAACCCCGCAGCGCGGCCGAGCAGCGGAAGUCCUCCAAGCCCAUCCUGGAGAAGCGGCGCCGAGCGCGCAUCAACCAGAGCCUUGCUCAGCUCCAGACCCUCAUCCUGGACGCGGUCAGGAAGGAUAGCUCCCGUCAUUCGAAGCUGGAGAAGGCCGACAUCCUGGAGAUGACGGGGAUACAUCUGCAAAAUCUGCGUCGCUUUCAGGUGACAGCCGCACUCAGCUCGGACCCCGCUGUCCUGGGCAAGUACCGUGCAGGCUUCAACGAGUGCCUGGCCGAGGUGACCCGCUUCCUGGCUGGCUGCGAGGGUGUCCCAGCCGAAGUUCGCUCCCGCUUACUCGGCCACCUGGCAGCCUGCCUGCUCCAGCUGGGGUCUUCGCGCCGCUCUGCCUCGCUGCCCGCCGCUGCAGACGAACCGGAGUCCGAGGUCUACGCUGGCCGCCCGCUGCGGCGCUCGUUCGACGGCCCCUUUCCCCUGCUGCGCCCAGGGGCCGCGUUCGCGCCGCUCCUGCCACCUAGGCUGACCCUGGCGCCUCCUGCCGCCCCCAGGAUGGGGUCUCCAGGCCGGAGCGGACCCUGGAGGCCGUGGCUACAGUGAACUGCAGCGGGUCCUAGGGCCGCGGCCUUGGCCAAGACUGUAGCAGAGAGUAUUUAUUUCCAGAGGCUUGGGGUGGUUUUGUGGUCUCUGUGAACAGCCUGGUUCAGGCCCGCAGAGCGCCCAAGUUGGUGGUCUUCUGGCGGCUCGGCCGCCGGCUCCGGGCAGACGCGCCGGUGGGUGCCUCUUUUCCGAGGCCCCGUCUGCUCGCAGACCCAGCCCUUUCGUAGACUGGGUCCUCUAACGGCCCGCCCCGCAGCCGGGGCCUGCUUUGGGGCCGCCCCUGCCUCUGGAGCGUGGGGAUUGCUUUGGUCCGCGGUCGGGCGGGCCACCCGCUCGGCGACACUGGGGUGGGAAUGGGAAGCGUGCCCAGGGGGCGCAGGCAGGAAGGCUUCCCGGAAUGGAUCUCAGUACUGGAAGGCGGUCGCACGGCAUCACUGGGCAAGUUUUCUUUAAGGGUACUUAUCCCAACUUCUCCCGGACCCUGGGAGGUAGAGAUCCGCCUUUUCAUGCCAUUGUUCCCCGGGAGUUGUCCUUCGCUGGGGUGAGGACUGUCUGGGAGAGCCUGGCAGAUGGUAAUCUGGACUCAGGAGACAUUCCUUCUAUGAAUCCUGAGCCCCUGCCUUUGGAGGCAACUCAGGUCACCAGGCAGAAAUGCCAGGCCACACUGGGCACGCACCCUGUGCACCCCUGCAGCCACAGUCCUGCUACCCUCAGAGCUGCUGCUGGAGGCUGGGCUCCAGGUGCUUGACUGCAGGGAGUCUUCCAGAGCCCUGUGCAAGGUGUACCCAGACCCGCUUCCCAGUGUGGCCGAAUUCAUCAGGCACUUUCCUGGCACCUGCCUGGAUGGGCCAUCAGGGAGGUGAGUCCCUCUACCACAGGCUUAUCUCACCUCUUCCCACGGGUUUGCCUGGGUCCUCCUGGGCAGGACCAUGGAACCUGGUAGAAGCCUCCAAGUCUCUACCAAGACAGUCACCCUACUCUCUGCCUCCCUGCCUCCCUGGGCUCCCGGGGCUGGGGCAGUGCCCCUGAACAGCAGGUCACCAUGUGGGCCAGCUGCUGUACCCUGGGGUGUACGUACAUGCAGGGACCCUGCUCCCUUUAGAUCUGGGUGGAAGGAGAAGGUGGAGGCUGCCCUUGGCAGGAGGGUUGGAGGGAUCUGCAGAGGGGUGACUGGAGGAGGGGAGAUGUUCAGGGAGGGUAGGGCUCCUGCUGGGAACUGAGACUGGUGCGUGGGUAGGGGAGGCCACUUGCUCAGAGUUGGGUUCCAGACACCCUGCAGGGAAGUGGGACUCUCUGCCUGGGUGGCCAAAAAGAGGAGACCAACCAGGAGGCCACCUGUGAGGUUGGGCUUCAGAUGCCCCCUCUCCCCAGAAGCAGCAGCAUCAUCCACCCCUGCCCCUUACUUCUUGAUUCCUGGAUCUGUUAUGGGCACUGUUGCCAAAGGCAUCUCUGUGGUGGGGACCACUUAGCCCUCGGGGGACUACUCUGGCUCCACAGGACCCUUACUCUCAGAUGGGCAGACCUUCCUGAUCUCUAUUCCUUGAACUCCCCAAUUUUCCCCCCACUCUCUAUGUACCUCAGACCACUCCCCUGCUGCAGGCUUCUUCAGCUGUCUGGGUCCAGUGGGACUGUUCUCCCGCCAGCCACACCUGUGUCCUUUCAAACUUAGCACCUGCUCAAAACAGUGGGCUCAACCUCAGCCCACGCUGAGCUAGUCAAUUGGUGUAAACAGUGUGCAGAAUGGGAGUUGGGGUCUCUCUUGAGUCAAUAGGUCCUAGGAAGCAUAGCCUGGGCUAAAGCUGGGUCCCCAGCAGGGGACACUAAAGGGGUGGUUCUGGGUCUCCCAGGCUGCCCCCCUUCUUCGCAACUGAGAGUGGCUGGGGCUCAGGAGCAGUGAGUCCCCUGCAUCUGAGUCUCAGCCUUUCUACACACUAGCCAGGACACUGCUUGACCCUGUUUCCUACCACCACUGUGUGGGCUGAGGCCAUGUAGACCCUCAUCAGGUGCUUUUCUGCAGGGCUGCCCUCAUCGUGGGAGCAGCGCCCCCAAAUGCAGGGUGUUCCCACUCUCAGGGGGCCUCUUCCUUUCCUCCCUACCCUUUUAUAUAUUUCCUGUUUCUGAAGAGACCCUUGGGUCUUUCCUUGUCCCUCCCCCUCCCCCAGCUGUUCAUGUCUUGGCUCUUGUCUUGCAGAGGCUUCCUGCUGAAUAACAGAUGGAGCCCCCUUUUCUGGGUGGAGGGGCACUGGUCAUGGCCCUCCCAGUUCAUCUCCAACAGCCCCCCUUCCAACCCCGAGCCUGGACUGGACCAAGGGUCAAUAAGUGCUCAGUUCAUGUGCCCUGUCGGCAGGCUACCUGCCUGGGUGGUGGGUCUAGCUGGGUCCUCUCCUGUGGCUUGGGGACUGAACAAUGAAUGACAACAGAUUAUAGGUCUUUGAAAUCUGGAGAAGAACUUAUCCCUAUGGUGACAAAAGUUAGUGGCCAGGCCCAUUGAACUCCAUGCACUGGAGAAUUGGGGCAGGGUCCGGGCUGGGGCUGCUUGGAUUCCUGGCUAAUGAGAGGCAAGGCCCACUGUUCCCCCUCCCCCUCCUCCCCUCACCUAGCAUCUCUGCUCCAAGGCUGUCCGUUUCCUGCAGUCCUACCUGUGCCUGGAUGCUCUCCCUCUGCUCCCUGGAACCCCUGGGCUACAUCAAGGAAACCGGGGCCCUGGCCUGGCAGCCUCCUGGGCACCUCCAAUAGUCUCCUCCAUGGGCCACAUCCCAUGGCACCAAGGUUGGCCUCUGCGACAGUGGGGCCCUGGAGAGGGGACGGGCUGUCAUUCAAGGCAAGGCUGCAGGCUCCUUCCUGUCUGCUCUGGGGGAGCCAGCUGCCCUUUCCAUGGAGAGAGCAACAAAAUAGAUGGAGGGGCACUGGGCAGCAGUGGCCUCCUGCCAAUAGCAAUGACAGUGGGUUUAGACAUGGAUCCCUUGAUGGGACCUUGACCGUGACAAGCCCUGUGCCAGCACCUCAGCAUGAACUCCUGUGCACAGAAGCUGUGAGACCAUAGCAUUUGUUGCAUGGAGCUGCUAAUUUUUUAAAUAUUUAUUUUUUUUUUUUAGUGUAGUUGGGCCUUUAUUUUAUUUAUUUAUUUUUAUGUGGUGCUGAGGAUGGAACCCAGGGCCUCACACGUGCUGGGCGAGUGCUCUACCACUGAGCCACAACCCCAGCCCCAAGCUGCUAAAUUUUUGUUAUGCAGCAAUAAGUAACAAUAUUGAUAAAUUCUAUGUAAUUUACUGAAUACAUGCAAGUAGCAUUAGCAGUACAGACCCCAGGGGUUAGAAAACGUGCCCAAGGGAUUCCAGAGGCCAUGGGAGUGAGGAAGAGGUUGCUGGGAGUGAAGGAGGAGCAGCCACUGUGGCCACUGUGAUGUGCAGAACUCAGCUGGUGCUACCGCCUACUCUCACCUGGCACAGAUUCCCCAAGUGCCUGAACAGCCUGGCGCCCCGGUGGCCGUGCCCCUGCCAGCCUUGGGGGUCCUGUCUGGCUGUAACCGAAGGGGCACCCUGGAUCAGGGCAGGUGAGGACUCACAGGCCCCAGGUGAAUGUGAACCUAUGACUUGUGUGCACAGAUAUCAGUUGCUGUGAUUACUGUGCCUCCUACCCUAGGCAGACAACCUCUCAGGUGGUCCUGCCACCCUUCUGCACAGACACACGUGACCACACUGUCUUGUCCAAGUGGGAUACGGGGGCCACAGUGACAGAAGCAUUAAAACAAAUGUCCAGGGCUGGGGUGUGGCUCAGUGGUAGAGCACCUGCCUGGUAUGUGUGAUGCCCUGAGUUCGAUCCUCAGCAUUGCAUACAAAUAAAAAAAUAAAUACAAGAUCCAUUGACAACAACAAAAAAUAUAUUUAAAAAAAAAAAAACCACCUCCAUGGUCACCUCAGAGAUGUUGCUGACAUCCUGCCUGGUCUCAACACCUACCUGGUGGCUUCAGGCUCACCUGCCUGGCCCUACUGUGAGUCAAGGGCCUGAGGCAUGUGUGGACAGGUAGGAGAAGGUCAGGGUAGGACACUCCCAGGAAGAGGGUGCACCUCGCUGUCAAGGGCCUCCUGUGGCCACAGGAGAUCUUGCCUUUAGCUGGCAAAGCUUCCCCUGCUCCAACAGUCAUCCACACAGCCCAGUGCCAUGUCCACAUGGGGGCAGAUGUUUACCGAUUGUUCAUGACAGAUGCAGGAUAAAUGAGGGAUGGAAGUUUGCAGCAGGAAGCACAUGUCGAACAGGAAACAGACUGAAGGGUACUUGUCCAGACAGACAACUUAGCAGUGGGGCCAAGAAGAUACGAGAUGCCCAUGUGGUACUCUGUUUGUGUGUGUGUAAAUGCAGAGAAAAAAUUCUGAUUAAAUGCCUACAUCUGGGCUGGGGAUGUGGCUCAAGCGGUAGCACGCUCGUCUGUCAUGCGUGUGGCCCGGGUUCGAUCUUCAGCACCACAUACAAACAACGAUGUUGUGUCCGCCGAUAACUAAAAAAUAAAUAUUAAAAAUUAAAAAAAAAAAGCCUACAUCUUUGCUAGUCCCACCAGGAACAAAGGCAAGGUAGUGCUGUUCAAUACAGAGAAUAUCUAACAAUAUUUGGUUUUGAGAAUAGGCACAUGGAUACACACAGAUAUAUACAUUAGAUAGAUGUUUUGCUCAACAAACUCUAAUAUCUAACAGAUUGCUGGGCACAUAGCAAGAAAAAUUCCAAAGAAUACAUAGCAGAUAGUAAGAAGAAAUGAUGCUUAAAUCUUCAGUGUUAUGAACUCUUUCUUUAACUUGCUUAUACACCUGAAGGUCAGGAGUUCAGAUCCAUGCCCAUGACCAUAGAAAAGGUCACCCCAUUUUGCCUCUCAUCACAGGCAGGUCACAUCCCUGAAGAGAGUCCGUCUUCUUCCUCCGGGUAGCUGAUCUCUCCAUGUACCACGAGAUGCUUCCUUUCCCGCCACCUGUGGCUCCAGAUACUCACAUUCUUCUUCCUGGGUCCUGACACCUUCUCAUUUUGCUUCCGAGAAGUCCUUGCUUUUCCCGGUGCCUAUUAUUGUCUCUGAGCCAACUGCUUUUGGCAGUCCCUUCGGGUCAUUUUCUUCCCUUGCUGGCUUCUUGAGCAUCUCCUGGCAUUGUCUCUGUCAUAGGCCAGAAGUGCUCUUAGGCAAUUCAUCCUGACUCCCACGGUUGCAGCGUCCAUCAGAAUCAGGGCUCUGGGAUGCUAUGAUCUGUCCAUGAGGACUCGCGGAAGCAGGAAGGGUGGCUCUGGGACCUCAGAGACCAAGUGACAGCGAAGGGUGCACCCUCGAUUCUCGAUCCCUUCCCGUGACCUCUCAAGGCCCCAGGUUCAGUGGAGCCCUGGCCUCGGCUCUCCCAUCCAGCCCAGGGUCAGGCCAGGCUUUUUCCUUGAGGUGGACCAGGAAGAAUUGAAAGUAAAUGGAGACUCACCUGGGCAUCGUCUGGUUGAGCAUGAGCAACUGCCUCCAGCUCAGCCUGGGGAGGAGAUGCACCGUGGAGAUUCCAGGCCCAGGGGAGGAGCAUCCCAGACACAGGAUAUGGUCUGUCCUUGCCAUAAAACAGUAUGUGACAAUAAGAAAGUGAGACACUGGCACCCCUGCAGGCUGGGUGAGCCUGAGAGUGUGCCAAGGAAAGAGCACUGGACACGAAGGCCACCCGGCGCUCGCCCAUUUACAUGACCCUUCCAGUUUGCUGAUGAUGGAAGGUGACUCUGUGCUUGGCUGGAGCUGCCGGUGGGGGGGACCCCUGCAGAACCCACCCUGAUGGAGCUGCACAACUCGGACCAGAGAGUCAAGUGUAAGUGGAGGAACUGUAUGACGUACCAAUAAAGCUUUGAACCUCCCCCCACCAAAAGCAACCAAGAGAAAGAAAAGUGCAACUAGAGAAAACAGGCACAUUCAGGAGGAAUAAUAAAACCACGGGUGACAGCAGAUUUCUUGUGGGAACAAUGCAAAAGAGAAGACAGUCACCUCUUCACAGUACUUGAAGCAGAAACUGACCCUUAUACACAUAUGUUCAGCUGACAUGGACAGAGGUGGAAACUGACCCGUGUAUAAUGUGGUCAGCUGACAUUGGACAGGGGUGGAAACUGACCCGUGUACCAUGUGGUCAGCUGACAUUGGACAGGGGUGGAAACUGACCCGUGUACCAUGUGGUCAGCUGACAUUGGACAGGGGUGGAAAGACCCUUCUGUGGGAAAGGAAAGUCUCUUCAGGGAGAGACUCAGGGACAACUGGAUGUGCAUGUGUGAACCAGUUAACCCCACUUCAUGCCACCACAGGUCAACCCAAGCAGAACACAGCCCUCAGCGCAAAGUCCAACUACAGAACUUUCUGGAGAAAAUUUAGAUACAAAACCAGAACAGUGCAUGGGGGAAAAAAAGGCUGAAUAACUGGCUUUAUCAAAAGUAAAAAUUUGAAGGCUGGGGAAUGUAACUCAAGGCAGAGCACUUGCCCAGCAAGCUUGGGUUUUGGGCUGGUGUGCACGCACGCACGCACGCACGCACGCACGCACGCACGCACGCACGCACACACACACGCGCUUGCUUUCCAAGAGACACUGUUGAAAAUGAAAACCUAAGCCUCAGCCUGGGAGAAACACACGCAAGUCACACGCAGGGUGCUGCCCUUUAGACCGUGACGGUCUCCCCCAGGCCCAUUGCUAAAGGCCUGCGGAACUGAUGGGACCUGGUGAGGCCUGCAGGAGGUAGGGCCCAGGGGAGGAGGGUCUGCUGGCACCGGCCCUUUGCUCUGUCUCUCCUUCCUGGCCGCCGUGAGGCGAAGACCUCCUCCAGCACUUGCUCCUUCCCAGGGCCCAAAGCAGUGGGCCCCAGCAGCCGUGGACCAAGGUCUCUGAAGAAGCCUUUCCUCCUUCUCAGUUGGUUCUCAGGUGUUUGGUCAGUGACAGCUGAUUCCAUAUGUGGAGAUACACUGAUAGACAGAGUGCAUGAAUCCUCAAGCUGAAUCAUAAAAAAAACAACCUAAAUAAGAAAAUUAGAUUUGGUCAGUUAUUUCACCAAAGAAGACGUAUGAAUGGCAGAUACAUCCAGGAAAGCACACAGGAUGUCACAUGGAAGGCAAAUUAAACCUCAGGGAGACACCACAGCACACCUGCUGGCAUGACCAGACAAGACUGGCCAUGCCACGGACUGGGCAUCUGGAACAUUCCAUCACCACUGGGGGACCGUGGAACUGUACAGCCAUCCUGGAUGGCCAGUGGGGGUGGCUCAGAGGCAGAGCACUCACUCACCUGGCACAUGACAGGCACUGGGUUCGAUCCUCAGCACCACAUAAAUAAAGAAAGUAUUGUGUCCAUUUAUAACUUGAAAAAAAUAUACAUAUAUAUAAAACAGAACAAAGCAACAAAACAAAACUAAAAGCAAACACACUGGAAAUAGUUGGGCAGUUUCUUAAAAAGAUAAAUACAGAGCCACUACAUGACCUAGCCAAUCCAUGCCCAGGUAUUUACCCCAAAGAAACAAGAACUUGUACUCAUACACGAACUUUCACACACAUUUCAAAACAGCUUUAUAAGUAAUAGCCAACAUUUAUAAAUACCCCAAAUGUUCACCAACAUAUUAAUUAGUGGUAGCAAAUUGUGAUAUAUCCAACAAUAGAAUAUUUAUCAUUUAAAAAAUUUGGUAUGGGGCUUGGGUUGUAGCUUAGUGGUUGAGCGCUUGCCUCACUUGUGUGAGGCACUGGGUUUGAUCCUCAGCACCACAUAAAAAAUAAAUAAAUAAAACAAAUAUAUUGUGUCCAUCUACAACUAAAAAUUUUUUAAAUUUUUUUAAUUUUGAUACAUGCAGUAGUAUGGGUGAGUCUCAAAAUAAUACUGUAUGGCCACGUCAGGCAGACUGUUCUCUUUUUUUACUGUAUGAACAAACAUGUGCCACUUUGUAGUGACGAAAAGCAGACUGAUGGUUCCCUAGGAGGGAGGAAGGAAUCACAGAGGGGCACAAGAACCUUUGGGCAAAGGAGAUGUCAUCUCUGGAUUAUGGCAAUGAUUUCUGAGUAUAUUCAUAUGUCAAAGCCUAGCACAUAGUACACUUUAAAUAUUUACAGUUUAUUAUGCAUGAUUAUGCCUCAGUAAAACUAUUUCAAAACAACAGGAAGAAGCCCACCCUUUACCAAGCUUAUUUAUUUAUCUAUCUAUCUAUCUAUCUAUCUAUCUAUCUAUCUAUCUAUCUAUCUAUCUAUUUAGUGCCAGGGAUUGAACCUAAGUGUUCUUAACCACUGAGGCACAUC